AUGCGGACCCAUCUCCGCGACGACAAACAUGCUGCGCUGUGCGUUCUCCAGGAUAGGGAAAUGCUCGUUACUUAUGCGCUAGCCGCGAAUGAGACGAUCCCGCAAACACGCCGCCGCUUCAUGGCGAAGUAUCUUGCGCCUAAUGACUCGGAGCGUGCGGAGGAGCUGUAUGCGCCUCGGUUUUGGAUUCCUGGUGAUGGGAGUGGUGGGGAGGGAUCGCUUGUGCGGGGACGGUAUCGGGAUGUUAUUGGGGGUGUUGAUGAGCAUGGGUGGUGUAAGCCUGGGUAUUUGAAGAGGAUGGGGGAGAAGGGGUCUGGGGGGUUUUCUGGGGCUAAUUCGCCGAGGAGGGUUUCGGGUGUUAGGUUGUCUGGGUCUGGGAGGUCUUCUGGACGGUCUUCGUUGGGUCGUGAUGAGGAGGAUCUUUGA